UUUCCUUCCUUCCUCUUCUUCUGCUUCUUCUUCCUCUGACCCUCUCUGACUUUACACCAUCAUCCCCCACUUCUUUCCCAUAAUUGCUUACCCCUUUUUUAUUUUAGCUCUGUCUCUCUCUGUCUUCCUCACCUUAUCUUCAUUUAAAUCACCUUUAUAUCCUUUUACCUACCUCCUUUUGUGGUAAAAACUAGAUUGAAAAAGAGAACCCCAGUUGCCUACUUUCCUCAGUCUUUCUUUUUCUUGUGGUACUUGCAGCAGCAGCACUUUCCCUAAACCAUAGCCAUAUUCUGCAACUUCAAGACUAGCUAUUUAUGUAUGAACUCUCUUUCAACUCUACUUCUUCUUAAAUUUGUAGAUUUUGUUUCGGUACAUAUCAGUUUUUUCAUGUGCUUUUUUCUGUGUCUAUCUGUAGUCCUACCUGUGUUUCUGCUGCUCUCAAUUGCUGUGUAGUUAUUUCCUUUGUUGGUUUUGGUUUUUGGGUUCAAAUUUACUGCAAUUCAGCAUCCAUGUACUCUCUUUGUUAUUGGAUGGUCUAGGCCUGCUGCUAUAACUGGAAAAAGAUCAUAACUGAUAUGCUUUUGGUUUCUUUUGAUCUUUUCCAAGUCUAUGGCCGGUGAGUUUUGCUUCAUUUCUUUUUGCUUCUCAGUAUUGUUUUAUAUGAGAUAGUUUUGUGGCAGUUUCUGUUUCAUUUCAGUCCUGAAUUUCUGGGUUUUCUUUGUGUCUGAUUUCUUUCUUAAAUUUCUUCCUCAAAUAAACCACAGGCCAUGCUUUUUCUGCAGUUAAUGCUUUUGUAAGAUAAAAAAAGGCCCUGUUGUGCCUUAAGAUUAUCCAUUAUAAUAACUAGAUUGAUUCAGCUUGAUUUUAAUUAGCUUUUAAUUAAGCCUAACUAAAUUUUAGCAGCUAAAUGUUUGGCACAACAAAGAGCUGUUGUCGUGUAAUUGCGUACUGUUGGUUCUUCUAAGUUGUAGUACUCAAUUCCAUGGAAUAACAUGGGAUCGUUACAGGAAACUGGUAGCUCCUUCAUUCUUCAUCGGUAGUUGACUAUCACAAGUAAACACAAGUCCUGCUUAUAUCUUGAAGUAAUUAGUUAGCGUUUACCAAUUUUGAAACUAGAUCCAUUAAAAAGUUGAGUGCCAAAAUGUUAAAAGUAGAUCAUUUGAUUCAUGUUGAAAUAUUAUUCGACGCUAUCUGUGCAUGUAAUUUGUCAAAAUAUUCCUCUACUUUGAUUUGGGAUUCUGCAGUUUAAAGGGUUUAUGUAGUGAUUUUCAAAUUUUAUAUUAUUGACAAUUUGGUAACCACAUCUUAAAGUAAGGAGUCAUUACCUAUGAACUUGGUAUAAGAGGAGCAAUUAUGAAGUUAUCUUAUAUAUCUGUUUUAAAUUUUAUGUGAAUAAUAAGGAUUUUAUACUAAACAUUCAGUCCUGGACUCCUGGCAAUCUAUUCAGGCUUAGCUACUCCUUUAGCUAACUUUUGAAGCAUAAACAAGCAUUGCAAUCUUAUGUGACUGUAAUGAUUUCUGGAAUUGGAAAGUUCUGAAGAUCCUGGAGACUUUCUCCUCAAGAUAUAUGUUAAAUCUUAGCUUAUUGUCUUAAAGAUAUGUAGAUCGCUGUACUUUUGAAUUUCCAAAGCUGUGCAUACUUUAUGAUGCAUAAAGAAUCCCAAGAGGAUAAAUUUUGUGUUUAGAAUUGCUGAGAACCUGACGUGACAAGUUUGUUCUUGGGAUUUGAAGUUACAAGCUUUCAGCCUUUCACCAGGACACAGGUGAAGGACAAGUACACUGACGAGUAAGGAGGGAAAUCCUUCAAUCCUUCUCCUGAUUACUCGUAUACAAGAAAGAAGCUCUUGACUUCAACAUGAUAACAGUGCCAAACUUGAAUUUGGAAUUUGAGAAUGAUGUUUCAGAAGGCACAAGCCAAGAAACUUCCAACAGCAUAGCUCAGCAAAACGAAUCCCCUGAUCCCUCCAAGGACAGCACCACUACUUCUUGUCUCACAAAUCAGACAAACCCUCAACAAAAUCCUGGGCCUAUGUCCCUUGACUUAACACUCCAGUUUAGCUCCAAAGACCUCGAAUUGAAGGGCAUGACAAGGGAGACUAGCAGUGAAAUAGAAGCAGCACCUGAUUCAGAAGCAGCAAUUCCAAGGGUAUUCUCUUGCAACUACUGUAAGCGCAAGUUCUUUAGCUCUCAAGCAUUGGGUGGACAUCAGAAUGCUCAUAAGAGGGAGAGGACAAUGGCAAAGCGUGCACUGCGGAUGGGAAUGUUUCCUGAUCACAGGUAUACUAGCUUGGCAUCUCUUCCCCUACACGGUUCAGCUGCUUCUGCCUUCCGGUCACUUGGGAUCGAAGCUCACUCUGCAAUGCACCAAAACAUGUUGAUGCACUCAGACCCGAGAAUACCUGUUCCUGACACAAGAGGUGUAGCAAGGUUUCACCAGCAAGACUAUUAUGGAGUACCAAUGCCAAUGCCAAUGCCGUCAAUGCCAAUGUUCAUGGAAGAUGAUGAUGUGGGUAUGGUUUGGCCCGGGAGCUUUCGGCAGGUGGGUGAGAGCUUCCGAGGUCAUUUCAAUGUGGAUCAAUAUGCCCAAGGUUCACAGAUGAUCGACUCAGGACGGACAAUGCCACCAAAAAGUAGUACAGGUUCAUCAUCUCCUUCACCUGAUCUUACUUUAAAGCUUUGAGAUCAGUUUUGUUGUUUUCUGUACCGUUAGAUAUAAUAAUUCCUACUUAUUUAUCAGAUACAACUUAAUUAAUUUGUACAGUGAGAUAUGCAUUAAUGAUUAAUCUGUAACGGCUGCAGAGAUUUCUAAAUUUUGGU